AUGAAGGAUGUUGUAGUCAACAUCAUGAACACGUUGGCGGUGAUCGACCACGCAAAUAUCACUGAAUCUGAGCUUCUGGACCUAGGAGUCUCCGUCGGAGAUUUUGACCCGAACGACGAAGAGCCUUCGGACCGCAAGACACCAUGGCUUUUCAAACCGAUCUCUAAGGAGGAUAUCAAACCGUGGAAGAUCUCGGCUUCUGAGGCCAAGCAAGUCAGUCACCGCCUGAAUCCCCCGGAUUUGGAUCUCGCAAGGCAGCAUCGGCCUGACUGGAACGUCACACGCGCCACGCAACAGGUGCUCACCUUUAUCACGGCGCAGUUCGAAUAUCGCCGCAAAUCGAAAACUAGCCUAAGGGAUGCAUUCGGGUGGAAUUACAUUGAUUUCGAAGAGUUCGCUGGCGGUCAUGAGGGAUUCCUGCUCUCUACGGGUGGACGAUAUCGAGGCGUUGAUACCCCAGGCUGGACAACUGGAUUGCUAGAAGAGUGGUGGGAUGGCGAAGUCCUCAUUGGGCCCUCUAUCCGUUUUAUCAUCUGCACGGAGGGGAAUGGCAAGGAAGGCAGCCUACUACUAAGUGAGCUCGGAUCAAUCGCUCAGGUCGUUGCGUUCCGCCGAACUCAGGCGGGGUUUGAGACAUGUCGUUUAUUCCCAGUGAGAUAA